UUUGGAGCUCUUUCACACACUUGUUAUUAUAUCUCGCUAACAAAAAACAGAACCAAUCAGAACCAAAGCAAGAAACACAUGUAAACGAGAGCGCUGCGAAUGAAACCACACACAAUACGCCAACGAUAAUAAAUGCACAACCAACAGAAACACACGCACAACUUACACAAGCCGUACCCAUAGUCUAUUCGUUUCGAGAUUUACGGGCUAAAUUAGAUGGAAGUGAACAAAUCCCUUAGUAAAGUACUAUCGGUAUUUGUUACUUAAGGGGGGUGGUGUGAUGUCCCGACAAUGGUAAAAUUCAAAAAACAGAACAUUAUUAAAGAGAUCUGUACAAGUCCAUCUAAAAAUUCAUCCAAAGAGCAAGAUUGAAGUUAUGAUUAGUGUUAACUGUAUUAUUAGUUAUAAAAAUAUUAAUUAUACUAUAGCUAUAAGAAUACUGCAUAAUUGAACAAUGCAUUGAACAAAUAAGUGAAGAGAUAAGAAUAAAAUAAGCAAAGGUUACCAGACACCCAUCUUAUCCGUCGGCUAUCUUCUAUAAACGAAAACGAGCUGCAUAUCAACUUCCAGCCAAACGAUAUUCCAACGUAUCAAGAAGCCGAUGUGACGAUUAAAAAUCUAUGCGAUACUCUCGAGGGCCUACUCCCCACCACAAGAGGACCAACGUACAUCAUCGCUCGUGAGACAGUUCUCUUCCAGCAGACUCACUGUUAGGUCAUAUUAAGUUCUACAUACUAUUUUUCUCUGCAUUGUUCAGUUGAAAACACUGAGUUAUUUGGUUUAUAUUUAGCAGUGUAAUAUCUGCAUUAUUAAGACGUAUCUAUAAGGCUUUGUUCCUAAUUAAAAUUAGCAACCGAAACUAUCUAUAAGCCGCCAAAAUGAAAGCGACGGGGAGUGCGACUUGUUUCUCCGCUGCUUUGCUCUUGAUAGCCGUUUUCGGAACGACGAUUGCUCGCAGCGAUCCGGAACCCAUGGCUAGACCGACCAGGCCGAAGGAGAUCGUCAGCCCUGAACAACUGAAAACAUAUCUCAAUCGGGUUUUUUCUUAUUCCCAAUCCGCGAUGGGAAGAUAUGGCAAACGAGGUGACAUCGCACCGAUGUCAGAAUUGGGCUCUACUUGGGAAACCCUGAGAAUGAUUCUGGAUGCGCAGUGGCGCAAUGAACAACGAAAGCAGGAGAAGAUGAGGCAAAACAAAGAGCAAGUUCUGUGUCGCAACUUUCAGAGCGCGGACGCCGACAAGCAUACUUCGCACGUUGCUAUCCGACCUGGCUCUUUUCCGGACGUAAUCGGCAAAUACUACGAUGAUGUACAAUAAAUAACCCCGUAGCGUUCUCUCCUAAAUCUCCUCUCCCUCGACAGUGAAAUAUACGCAGUCCUCCACCGUCCCAACGUUUAUGGGAAAUCAUAACACCUAUCGAUGUUAAAUUGACUUCUCGCUUUUUUUUCUUUGUCGUGGAAUAUCUCGUCCAAGAUAAUUGCGUGAUGUGAAAUAUGUCUGAUGAUGACGAAGGCGCAGAAGGAUGAUAAAAUAACGCGAAGUAAUUUCUCGUCGAGAUAUAUAAUAACAUUCAAAUCGGAAUUCAAUCAAUGAGAUUCGAAUCCUACGAAUUAUACGAUACGGGUUUAUGUAGCGUGAUUGUAAUCCUGUUUAUAUUCUAUGUAUAAAUUUGUUUUGUUAACGAUAUUUAAGAAGCAUAAUAAAAUUAAACUGAACUUGGAUGUUUAUAAACGAAUAUAAUUGGGAGAUAACUGCCGUCCGUUCAUCAGAAGUGUGUUUUAAUAAAAACGUGCAUAAAGUUGGCUAAUAUAUUGAUUUUGUCAAAUCCAUUAUAUAAUCAAAUAAAA